AUGGCCCAAGCACGUGGAUCCUGUCUCUGUGGCGGUGUCACAUUUGCCGUGUCCGGUUCGCCCGACACCGUGAUACAAUGCUACUGUGAGCAUUGCCAGAAGAACGCUGGAGGCCCUUUUCAGAUUGUGGCCAAGUACGACAAAAGCCUGGUCGACGUCAAGACCGGCGAGGACUUGCUCACGCAUUUCGUGCUGAAUGACACGCAAAGCGGGCACCCCAAACACAAGGUCUUUUGUCGCACCUGUGGCUGCACCAUGUGGACGAUUCCCAUGAGGCAUGGCGACCAGUUCCGGAUCGUGCGUGUGUCGCUGAUCGAAGACGGGCUGGCGCAGUACAAGCCCAAUAAGAUCAUGUUCGAGGAGCGUAGGAUCGCCAGUUAG